AUGGAUCUAAGUAAUGACAGCCUACUUGACAGCAAUAUUCCUGCUUUCCUGUGCAAGCUUGGCUUGGAAAAUUACACCAUUUUCUGCCCGAAUCACUCUCAGCCUAAAGGUAGGGUACAGUUUAUUUAUAUAUUUGUAGCAAUACAUAUGCAUUUUUAACACCAUCCACUUCACCUGCAACUAGUUUAGGAUAAGCAGUUGAUAAAGGGUUUUAAAGCAAAGCUCUGUGAAAACAUUUGCUGAUAAUAAUUAGUCAUUUAUAUACCACAUUUCACUUCCAAAUGAAUACCAAGGUGGCUCACUAGGCAGAAAGACAACAGCAAAAUACAACAAUUAAAACUAUGUCCACGAAAUGAGAAUAAAGCGUCAGUAUCAAAUACAUUGCCCAGAACCUCCAAAAGCUGCUAAUAAUGGCCAGGGUUUUGUUUUUUUUAAUGAGAGUGGAAAGUCAAAAUAAAUGGUUUUACUUUCUGAUGGUAACUAUGCCUACAAAGCAACGUAUAUGUUUGCUGGAAAAUUGAACAAUUGCAACAAUUGCAGGGCAGAAAAUGCAAAGAGUAAGCUGAAACACUGGUGCAAUUUUAAAAGUUUUUAAAAUAAAACACACACAAACACACACACUCCACUGCAGUUAUUAUGAACUGCAUAUAGAAGGACUUAGAACGAGUGUGUGUGUGUUUUAUACCAAAGGUGUCAAAACACAGAGUCAUAUAUUACACUACCUGUUGUCUGAUAUAUUCCUAAGUGGAUAAAAAUAGCGAUUUGCAAGCUGCAUAAUUUAGAAGGGUUAUAUUGUAAGAAGUACCAGAUGCUGAAUAUGCUAUGCCUUUGAGAAAAGGCAUGAGAUGUGUUCCUUAUAGACCAGAACUGAGCUGCUUGAGAGCGCAGCAGAAGGAACGAGACCAAAUGCAACCAGAUCUCUGGUUUACACCAGCCUAUCUAGAAGGGCUGGUUGCCACCCUUUUCACAGCAGUCAAUAUAGCACUGCCUCACAUUUUAAUUUAUAGCUUCCUUCACAUUUUAGGACAGAACUAUAUGUCCUUCGGCAGCUGAUACAGAAAUCCAGCCCCAUCUCCGUCUCUGAUGUGCAAAUCGGAGGCAGGGGAGGUAUUUGCAGGGGAGAAGCAACAUGCAGCAGUUGCUUUCGCCCUGUAACUUUCCUGUAUGUACCUGCCCUGCUCUCGCUCCAUUGACAGGCAAACACAGUCUCAGGCCUCUGGCUGGGAGGAGAGCAACCAGAGAUAGGGCUUGCUAGGGAGGCAGGUCCGUAUAGUAAAAGCCAUGGUUUUCCCAGUAGUGAUGUAUGCAAGUGAGAGCUGGACCAUAAAGAAGGCUGAUCGCCGAAGAAUCGAUGCUUUUGAAUUAUGGUGCUGGAGGAGACUCUUGAGAGUCCCAUGGACUGCAAGAAGAUCAAACCUCUCCAUUCUGAAGGAAAUCAGCCCUGAGUGCUAACUGGAAGGACAGAUCCUGAAGCCGAGACUCCAAUACUUUGGCCCCCUCAUGAGAAGAGAAGACUCCCUGGAAAAGACCCUGAUGUUGGGAAAGAUUGAGGCACAGAGAAGGGGACGACAGAGGACGAGAUGGUUGGACAGUGCUCUUGAAGCUACGAACAUGAGUUUGACCAAACUGCGGGAGGCAGUGGAAGACAGGAGUGCCUGGCGUGCUCUGGUCCAUGGGGUCACGAAGAGUCGGACAUGACUAAACGACUAAACCUUGCAAAUGCCUACUACACACACACACACACCCCUUUGCAUAUCUGGGUGAACAGCUGCAAAGAAGGACAGGGCUCUUGGGCCUGCAAGCGUCGUCGUUUAGAAGAGGGCAUUUGAGAAGUGUGCCAAGAUGGCAGCAGAAAGAAAGAGCAAGGUCUGAAAAAUGCCAGCCCUCCAAGUUACCCCUAGGGGUCCGGCAGGCUUCGUGUGACAAGGAUGAGAGAGCUGUCGCCUGCUGAAAUAACCUCUUUCCUGCAACUAGGAAGGGCACAGAAUCCCAGUCCAUCUUACAGCCCCAUCUGCACUGUGCAUUGAAAGCAACACCAUUCCAGGGCUUCCCAAAGUAUCGUGGGAACUGUAGUCUCCUAAGAGUGCUGAGGGUAGUUAGGAGACCCCCCUGCUCCCCUCACAGAACUACAUUUCCCAGGCGGGUUCAACAAUCAAUCCCUCUUCCCAGGGAACUCUGGAAAUGGUAGGUCUGGGAGGGGAACCGCGGUCUCCUAACAACUCUCAGCAUCCUUAGCAAACUACAUUUCCCAGGGUUCUUUGGGGGGAGCUGGGACUGUUCAAAGUGGCGUAAGACUGCUUCAAAUGUCAUUUUAGCCAUUUCUGCAUAGUCCAUUAACUUGGCUAAAAUGACCGGAAGAGUCAGAAAUUUUAAUAAGGAAUGGGGGAAAUUUAUAACUUAUCCUAAAGACCAUUGUAAACAGUUAAAAUCGUUAGUGGGAAUGGAAUAUCACUUGCAGUUUAAGGUUAAAUUCUGGACAUAAUGGAAGAGGUAAAGAGUUUGGAUUUGAAUAAAAGAUGUGGGAGGGAUUGAUUAAUAGCAGGACCCACAAAGGGGAGGAUGGAAGUCCAGGAGAUUCCUUGAAAUCUUGUCUUUAUGUUGUACAUUGGAUAUGUGAUUGUAAAAUUUUAAGCUGAAAAACCAAAUAAAUAAUUUUUUUUUAAAGACUGCUUUAAAUGUUUAGGGCAGAUAACAACAACAACAGGGCCUUAAUUUCCAAGCUCAAUGGAGGGAUAGGAAAAUCUGUCAGUUGAGUGACUAUCUGUAAAAUGCAGACAGAAAAUAAAUUCUGUACAACUUAGUGUGGCUGCGCAGCCUCUUCCAAUUAUGACGACAGACUGUUUUUUGCUUUUUGCUUUAGACCAAGCACUUCGGAUUCUUCUCUAUUCUCUGAUAUUUCUGCUCAGUGUUUUGGGCAACACGCUGGUGAUCGUGGUGCUGAUCCGGAACAAGAGGAUGAGAACGGUGACCAACAUAUUCCUGCUGUCGUUGGCCAUCAGCGAUCUCAUGCUGUGCUUCUUCUGCAUGCCCUUCACGCUCAUUCCCAACCUCCUGGAAGAUUUCAUUUUCGGCAUUGCUUUCUGCAAACUUACCAGCUACUUCAUGGGUGAGUCGAUGAACAUCCACAUUUUGACUACAUAUGCCAAGUCGUUUUCAAACUCUCUGCUUUCAGAGACCACAUCUUCCACACCAUUGGGAGGUUGACCACCCUCACAGCUAUUCAACAGACUAGAAAUACUAUAUUGUUGCUACAUAGGCUGGGAUCAGUCCAAUUUUAGAGCCAUGGAUUUCUGGUUCAUUUCAGACCUGUUGCCUGCUCCCUAUUCCUCACCCACCUAUUUAUUCUCAAUAAAGUUUCACACUUUGACCAUUGAUGCAUGGAUGUAGCAAAGGCAGCUGCCCCCCAAAUCAAUAAAAACCAAUAAAAAAUACAUAGAUAACUGAGGUUUUGUCCCCCCAACAAAAGGUUCGCCCCCCUAACAAAAAUCCUGACUAUGCCCAGUGUGUGCAACUGCCACUGUGGUCUAAACCACGGAGCCUCUUUGGCUUGCCGAUCAGAAGGUCGGUGGUUCGAAUCCUCGCAAUGGAGUGAGCUCCCAUUGCUUUGUCCCAGCUCCUGCCAACCUAGCAGUUCGAAAGCACACCAGUGCAAGUAGAUAAAUAGGGAUCACUGCAGCGGGAAGGUAAACGGUGUUUCUGUGCGCUCUGGUUUCCGUCACAGUGUUCUGUUGUACCAGAAGCGGUUUUAAUCACACUGGCCACAUGACCUGGAAAGCUGUCUGUGGACAAACGCCGGCUCCCUUGGCCUGAAAGCGAGAUGAGCGCCGUAACCCCACUUCACCGUCCAGGGGUCCUUUACCUUUACCUUUUUUUUACAUAUGAGAGAUUAGGUUGUGGGGAGGGGCAUUGCCUUCAUGCUCCCCAGGGGCCACUGUUAGCUGUGAUUGUUGCCAUCUGCCUGUCCCGAGACACAAUGGAGUGAGUCUCUGUGAGUAAAGCCAAACUGCUGGAGAAUCACAGCGCCUGCUGUGGCUGCAGAGACCGCUAACUCGUAACUGCUGCCUCCUGUGUUGUUUUUGCUGUGUUAGCAACACCAAAGUAACCUCUGUGGGGUCUAAGCCAGGGCAGUGAGUGUGGAGGUCCUGGGCUGCCCAGGAGACGAGAACCCCGUCUCCACCUAUCAUAUAAAACCAUAUUUUCAUUUACCUCUGCUUCUUCAGCAAAGGUUCUAAUUAAAUUUUUCUCUUUCGUGACCCAUCAGUUCUACUUUGAGCGAGAGGUUCAAGAAUGGUCAAGGCACCAUUGGUCCAAUGGUACUUUGUAUGUUUGUUUUUAAGAGCUGGAAUUAUUACGUACCCAAAAUGUCAGUGAAAAGCCAUAACAGUGACAGAAUAUUGGGCUAGAGAAGUUUUUAGCCUUACCCACCAAGACACAAUUCUUAGUUUUUUAAUCAUGCAUCCUCUGGACAGUUGGGGGGUGGGGGUGGGGAUACCAGUCUCGCUUUGGGCUCCUGGGAUGUGGUGCUGUAAGGGCGUUGUUACACUCCUGAGAUACAUAACACAGCAGUGAAAUGGGAAUAAUAAUAAUAUUUAUUUAUUUAUACCCCAGGGAUACAGGUGGCGCUGUGGGUUAAACCACAGAGCCUAGGACUUGCCGAUCAGAAGGUCGGUGGUUCGAAUCCCCGCCAUGGGGUGAGCUCCCGUUGCUCGGUCCCUGCUCUUGCCAACCUAGCAGUUCAAAAGCAUGUCAAAGUGCAAGUAGAUAAAUAGGUACCGCUCCGGCGGGAAGGUAAAUGGUGUUUCCGUGUGCUGCUCUGGUUCGCCAGAGGCAGCUUAGUCCUGCUGGCCACAUGACCCGGAAGCUGUACGCUGGCUCCCUUGGCCAAUAAAGCAAGAUGAGCGCCGCAACCCCAGAUUCGGCCAUGACGGGACCUAAUGGUUAGGAGUCCCUUUACCUUACCCCAGCCACUCUGGGCAGGUCCCAACAGAAUAUGAAAAACACAAUAAAACAUCAAACAUUAGCAACUUCCCUAAACAGGGCUGCCUUCAGAUGUCUUCUAAAAGUCAGAUAGUUGUCUUUUUCCUUGACAUCUGAUGGGAGGGCGGGUGCCACUACCAAGAAGGCCCUGUGCCUGGUUUGUGGUACAACUGGCACAAAUGUCUAGAGCAGAGGCAGCUUGGUGCAGUGGCUGGAGGGUGCCACUACCAAGAAGGCCCUGUGCCUGGUUUGUGGUACAACUGGCACAAAUGUCUAGAGCAGAGGCAGCUUGGUGCAGUGGCUGGAGGGGAAGGGGUGAAAGCAAGUCACUUAUUCUCUCUCUCCCUCUAGCCCAACUCUCAGAGUUGUGCCAAGGCUGUGAUGGUAUUCGUAGCUCCUUGGAGGAAAGGCACAAUACAAAUGUAACAAAUAAACACUGGGUGGGCAUGCCAUUAGGUGCUUGAGAGACAAAUGAGCCUUAAGGGAUAUAAUUUGCUUUGAUACCUGCCUACCAACAAUCAAGGCUGACUGAAAAGCCUUGCAGAUUUGGGAAAUUGCUUAGUUAGAAAUAGUAGCAACAAGCUGUGUUCAGCCCAAGUAGAACGGAUUCUGCAAUUUUCUCAAUUACUAACCAAAGUCAACAGACUGCUUUGCGGGGGGUUAGACUAGAUGCCCUCAGGGUGUCUUCCAACUCUGCAGUUUUAUGAUUCUAUUAUUCCAGACUUAAGUCUCAAGCAAACCUAACAAGUGGUUCAUUUUCUCCUCCGGUUUUGCCUUAAAUGAACAAAAUCGACUUUUAUAUUGCUACGUAACUUAUAACUAAAUAUGCUAAGGAUCACAGCUGAGUAAGUAGGGCUAUAAACCUAACCCCACUUACUUGGAAGUAAGCCCCAUUCAAUUCAACAGGAUUUACUUCUGAGUAGACAGGGUUAGGAUUGUGCUGUCGUCCCUCUUCCUUGGUAGAGAACUAUAUCCUAUGUGUGUAGGAAUAAUGGAUGUAAUUCAACUAACUUCUACUCAAGAGUAGACCCAUUUCUAGGACUGUUGAAAAGGAUUAACUCAAUUUUUACUAUUAUUCAUAAACACAAGCAUGUAAUGAGAAACAGGACAUGGGUGUCUUUCUCUAGUAGAAUUGCUAAUUGUUUUGGUUUUCAGUUGUUAGCAUAGGGGGGGAAAUUGUCUCAAGCUGCAAUAUUAUAUACAUUUACCUGAGAGAAAGCCUGAUGAACUCAGUGGGAUUUAUUUCUGAGUAAGAAGGUGAAGGAUUGUGAAGUCAAAACAAAUUGUUCCUCAGAUAAGAGAAUCUGUUGUCUUGGGCAACCUACGUCCAAAAAACCUCUGCAAAAAACCCCCACAAAAUAAGAACCUAUAAUAAAAAUAAGAGACAAAGUUCAUUUUUAAGAAACUGGGAAACACUUUUGAUUAGAUGAUCAAUAAAACAGUGAAACAUAAAAAAAUGGCAGUCAACAAGUUAGAGUUAAUUGCCGAUAUAAAAUCUGAGGGAUGGAAGCUUGCCCUUUUUCUUGGUAAUUACCGCCAUAAAGACAUUUCAGGGGAAUAUAUCACCACGACAUUUACAACAGCAUCAAUAUAUAGCCCUUUGUGGAUUUAUUAUGUAAGAGAUACCUUAACUUGCUAAAAGCUAUAGCCACACAUAGUAUAUUUUUGACUUCAACACUUCGCUUAUUACAGAUACAUUUUAUGUCUUAAGAUAUAGGAUGCCUUUUCUCAGAUAAGUUUUACAUUUGGCACCCAAACCUUUACAUUAGUGAAAUUGCGGUUUUUUUUAAAAAAAAAAUCACAGGUAUUGCAACGUUAAAAUCAAGAGCCAUGCUUUUGCUCGUUUAUCAGUGUUGCGGAAUAAGUGGGAGAUGUUUUUGCACCGACAGGCGGAGACCUCCCGACCCUGGGCGACACCCGCGUGAAAUAAUGACUCAAGACAAUGUGUUAUGGCAUUAAAAUUUGGCCACAACUUUAUUAAAACUUCAGAUGUAGGGAGACCUUGGCUUAGGCAUUGGGCGUUUAUCCCUUCCAGUCCCCAGCUGGGGAUCUGGGGGACAUCAGGGUUAUCCAGAAUAUGUGGGGCAUAGCUGUCAACCUUCCCUUUUUUUGUGGGAAAUUCCCUUAUUCCAGCGCCAUUUCCCACUGCUAUCCUGGAUUGUUAGAUAUCCCGCAGACUGUCCCUGGGACACGUGAGGCUGCUGAUCUCUUAUUUUCAAAUCUGAAAGUUGACAGCUAUGAUGUGGGGAUUGGCCUGGCUCUGGAGAACGUCUGUUUCUGCUUGAAACCCCCCAUUUUGCCACCAUCAUAGGGGAGAGCAAUGACAACCAAAGGGCGUAUGGCCAAUGCCUCCCCUCAAAACAACCCCUUUAACGGGGAACCCUGGGAUCGCCGCCACGGGGGGGGGGCGUGGGUCACCGCUUCAUGCCCCCCCCCAUUUAGGGAAGAUAGACUAAAGGAUUCCGCCCAAGGCCUGAAACCACCAAAGUUGUGACGUUUUGCUACGGGAGAGGCAAAACCUGCCAAUGCAGGAAAAUCCCUUUCCGGCCCUUCAACAGCGACCAUAACGUAGCAGCGCCCGCGUACCUAUGGAGAAGAGGUUAACCUGCAAAAGAAGGCUUAAUUGAGGGAGGGCAGGGUGGGAGAAGCUCUGGAGCUGACUGGAACUCCCAGGUAACCUCCACCCACUGUUGUGUGAGCUGCUCGAUCCCUCCCCUUACCUGGCCAGCUCUCUCCUGGCAACACCCCCCUUCAGCUGGGAUUGGGUAACAGGCAGAGGUAGGCGGCUACCUCCAGGUAGGGGGGCGUAUUCAGGCUGUAGUGGUGGGAGCCGCAUUAGAUUGGGGGGGUUGUGUGCAACCGCACAAAAGGCGCCCCCAUUUGAUGUGGGGAACGGUCAUUCUUCAAGUCAAAACAGUGGUUUCCAGCUUAUGUUCUUGGAAGCUUACCAGGAGAGGAAAAUCUAUAACAGUAGACCAUCUCCCCUAAAAGACUAUGCUUAAAAUGCAUAGCCAUAGGAGGCUAUUGGGUGUUUUCCCAGGCGCCCUCUCAGUAUGUGGAGAUACAGUGGUACCUCUGGUUACAUACGCUUCAGGUUACAGACUCCACUAACCCAGAAAUAGUGAUUUGAGUUAAGAACUUUACCUCAGGAUGAGAACAGAAAUCGCACACCGGCAGCGGGAGGCCCCAUUAGCUAAAGUGGUACCUCAGGUUAAGAACAGUUUCAGGUUAAGAACGGACCUCCGGAACGAAUUAAGUACUUAACCCAAGGUACCACUGUACAGUCAUACCUUGGGUUACAGACGCUUCAGGUUGCGUUUUUUCGGGUUACGGACCGGAACAGGUUACUUCCGGGUUUCGGGGGUCGCACAUGCGCAGAAGCGCUAAAUCACGCUUUGCGCAUGCGCAGAAGUGCCGAAUCACAGACGCGCUGCUGCGGGUUGCAAACACUGCAGGUUGCGAACAUGCAUCCCGCACGGAUCACGUUCGCAACCUGAGCAUCCACUGUACAUUGAGACCCACCUGGCUGUGGGAGCCCCCUAAGUUGCGUGCCAAGGCACCCGAGCCACAAAGUUCCCAGGAGAACAAUAAAACACACUGACACAGAGUAUUUUGGUUUAUGGGUUCAAAUAGGCCACAACUUUAUUGGUUACAGAUGUGAGUGGUUUGGCUUAGGCAUUGGGGUGAAGCCAGGCUAUAUCUUGACUCCUGCCUGUCCGCAGUGAGUCCAUGGAAGGAUAAACCACCAAUAGAGGGUGCCCUAUGACUUACAGCAGAUAGUGGCACCCUGAGGGGUGCCCAUAAGGGCUGUGACAUGGCCCUAGCCCAUGUCUGGAAUUCAAAUACAAUCCACCCCCCCGGAUCCCUUUAACAGGAUACCCUUACUGAGGAGGGGAAGGCGAAAGCAACAACCUCCCCUCCAACCAAACAAAGGCUUACCCAAUGCCUAACCUCACAAAAGUUGUGACGAUUGCUGCUAGGUAGGCGGAAACCAAAUGGCCAGUGCCAAUUUGCCAAGUGGAGAAAUUCCUACCCGGCCCCAACAAAAUGGCAGCCGACAAUUGCCCAUAGCAAGGUCAUAUCAGAGCAAAGCAUGAAAAGAGGCUGGGUGUGUUGGGUGGUCCGACAAAGAGGCAAGAAGAGGGUGCCGGCCUGCCAUGCCACGAUUAAAUUGCCUGCGGCCACACUCACCCUGGCAGCAGGUUGGCUGGGGCUGUACCCAGUACAGGUGAGCAGCCGGUCGUGAUGUGGGGGGAGGCAGCGUACCUCCACACCCACUUUGGAAAACUGUUGAGGCUCGGCUGACUGGCCACAAUGCCGCCCACCAGAUAAAAGAUGAGCGGACUUAUUUUCCAUUGAGCAUUGUAGGGCCUUGGACUACAUCAGGCAAGGCCAAAUUCGGCAGUCCAGCUGUUUUGGGACUACAACUCCCAUCAUCCCUAGCUAACAGGACCAGUUGUCAGGGAUGAUGGGAAUUGUAGUCCCAAAACAGCUGGACCGCCGAGUUUGGCCAUGCCUGGACUAGGUGAUCAUUGGGAUCCUUUCCAUCUCUUGAGGUAGAAAGCAAAACAGACACCAGCUACCUAAAAAAGAUUACUCUUUAUAUUAUUUAUCUGUCCGCAACAUCACAUCACUUCCCUGGUGGUGCCUAUGCAGGUAAAAGUCCAGCAUCGCCUGAGCUCUGCAAGUGCAGCUUUCUCUCAGUUGAAGUGCAGAGCGUUUGAGGACCGGGACAUUCACAGGGAAACCAAAAUGCAUGUUUACAAAGCUAUUGUACUGCCAAUCUUCCUGUAUGCUUGUGAAACAUGGACCACUUAAAAAUGCCAUCUCCAGCUCCUCGAAAGAUUCCAUCAACAGUGUCUCUGAUAAAUUUGACACAUCACUUGGGAAGACAGGCGAACAAAUGCCAGUGUACUGGAAUAAGCAAAGAUCACCAGUGUCGAAGCAAUGAUUCUUCAACAUCAACUUCGUUGGACUGUUCAUGUGGUGCGGAUGCCUGAUGAUCGUCUUCCAAAGCAACUACUCUACUCUGAACUUAAAAAUGGAAAGUGCAAUGCUGGUGGUCAACAGAAGAGGUUUAAAGGCUCUCCCAAGGCAAAUUUAAAAAAAAUUGUAGUAUAAACACCAACAACUGGGAAACACUGGCCUGCGAGGGCUCCAAUCGGAGAACAGCCUUUACCAAAGGUGUCGUGGACUUUGAAGAUGCUCAAACUCAGGACAAAAGGGAGAAAUGUGCUAAGAGGAAGGCACACUUGGCAAACCCUCACCAUGAUCAACUCCCACCUGGAAACCUAUGUCCCCACAGUGAAAGGAUGUGUGGAUCCAGAAUUGGCCUCCACAGUCACUUACGGACUCACUGUUAAGACCGUGUCAUGGAAGACAAAUCUUACUCGGCUAUGAGGGAUUACAGAAGAAGAAGAAGAAGAAGAAGAAGAAGAAGAAGAAGAAGAAGAAGAGAGGUGCCUAUGCAAUGCAUGGACCUGUUUCGCAGGAGUAAUUUCGCAGAGUGUUUCCCCCGACACUAUUUUGCAAACCACUGGGCCUUCUGAAGAAAUGCAUUGAGUUCAGCAUAAGUGACCUUCCUCACUGCAGACCUGGAGCAACAGGGAAGAGUGCAAGGUUGCAUCUUUGACCGAUAAUCUAAUUUUCUGCUCUGUUAGAUACAGAUUGUAGCUGAAUUAUACAGCCACGCGUCAAGAGUUACAGUUUUAAAUCAGGCCAGCUGUCAGAACUAUAUUGACUCCUUUCCUAUAAACGAAAUGGAAAAGUUUGUUUCAUGUUGAAGGCCAUUUCCUGAGUGUUAAUGUGCAGCGCGUCAAACGGUUAUCCGUUCCGAGAAUCAGGAACAAGAAAUUAUCCUUCCUUAAUUAAUUAGAUACUCAUAAAACUACAGGAACGAGUUACUAGUUCCAAAUGUAUUAUUAAAAAGGUGUAAAUGGCAAAUGCUGUACAGAUGGGCCUCUCUGCUAUUUGCUACAUUGGUUUCAACAAACUGUGUUCUCGGUUUCUGAGCAGCCACCGCAAAUUUUACCAGUCUGCCCAUAAUAUAUUUCUCCCAACUGGGCUGCAGAUAAAUAACGGUCCAGCUGUCUGCAUUGGCUAGACCCACAGUUUCUCUAUAUGUUUAUUUCUUUAAUUCAGCUUAUAUUAUACACUGAAGUACGUCGGUCACACAGUGCUUGAAGGGGGUCGGGGAUGCAGUAGGGUUCUGCCCUCCUCCUUUUGAGGCAGAUCUAUAACCAUCCUAUAGCUUUUCAGGUAAAUAGAACUGAAUCUGGCCUAACCAUCCAUGAGUCAAGAUGGCCCGUGAAGGGUUGGCCACUUCUGGAUCUGCUUCUUUUGCUUGAUCUGGUUCCCCAAUCCUACUACCCAAUCCUGCAUUGGUGGCUUUGAUAAAAUGAAUAUUAUAUUUUUGGCGAAGGGGCAUAGCUCAGUGGUAGAGCACUGCAAUUGUAGAAAGGUAAAGGACCCCUAGGCGGUGAUGUCCAGUCAAAGGCGACUAUGGGGUUGCGGUGCUCAUCUCACUUUCAGACUGAGGGAACCGGCGUUUGUCCACAGACAGUUUUCCGGGUCAUGUGGUCAGCAUGACUAAACCGCUUCUGGCGCAACAGGACACCAUGAUGGAAACUAGAGUGCACGGAAAUGCCGUUUACCUUCCUGCCACAGUGGUACCUAUUUAUCUACUUGCACUGGUGUGCUUUCAUAUUGGCAGAAGCUGGGACAGAGUGACGGGAGCUCACUCCGUCGAGGGGAUUCAAACUGCUGACCUUCCGAUCGGCAAGCCCAAGAGGCUCAGUGGUUUAGACCACAGCGCCACAGCGUCUGAGGCAAACAGUACCUGCCAUACUCAGGUAAGACUGGGAAGGACUCUUCGCUGAAACCCUGGGUAGGAUUUAAAAAUAAGGGGUACCUACUAAAAAAACAGAAGCCCUUUUACUUGGUAUAGUGGGGGGUGAAAUCCCCCAAAAGGAUGUUACUUUUUUUCUGUAUGCCACAACAGCUGCGAGCACAUUGUUAGCGAAGAAUUGGAAGAAACAAGAUUUACCAACUAUUGAAGAAUGGCAGAUGAAGAUGAUGGACUAUAUGGAACUUGCCAAACUGACUGAGAGACUCUGAGACCAGAGAGAAGAGACGGUGGAAGAAGACUGGAAGAAGUUUAAGGAAUAUUUGAAAAAAUAUGUUAAUAUUCAAACCUUGGAAUAGCUUUGGAAGUAGAUAUAGGCUGUAGGCUUAGAAGUAGAAGAUAGGGUAUUUUAAAAUAGUAUUAUUUGUAAGUGAUAAAAUGUGCAGUUAUUUUAAGUAUGAUUUAAAAAAAGAUGGUUAGAAAUUAUGAUAUAUGUAAACUGCUAAAGAUGAAGUAAGAUGAAAAUCAGAUAGGUGGGACUUGGGGAAGCCCACUUAACAAUGUUUAGAAAGGAUAUGACAAGAAUUUGUUUGUAUUGUUUGUCUUUUCUGUCUGGGUUUUUUAUUUGUGUUAUAAAAUGAUUAAAAUAAAAAUAAGGGGGACCAUCCUAACGGGUGCUCAGGAUGUGCUGAGAUGGACACCUCUCACCUCAGGUUACUGGAAGGAUGCCAAUCUCAGUGUUCGCCACACGGAAUUUUUUAUACACUGGGAUUCUGCAGCAGGUAUGCCAGAUUGCUGUAUCAGGCUUCAGAUCAGAAGUCUUAUGUGUUUAUGGCUCCUGACUCAAUACCAUGCCAACUCUGCUUACUUCAGCAUAUAGGCAAUAAAAACUUCUCUGUUUUCACCUACAGCUGGGUCUUGAGCAUUAUUUAUCCUCUAUCUAGAAAGGGGGGGGCGGGGGGUCCACAAUUCGCUUGCCGCACAACUUGUUCAGUAACCUGCUCAUCAAAUGGCAACUUCUCAUUGUAAAUGGAGCAGUUCCCCAGUUUAGUUUCAGCAAAGUUGACAUUUAAAAGUUCUCCGAUAUGCAGUACCGUCCCAUAACUUUUCCGCAGCCGUUGGAAAACUAUUAGAGGGCAGCAGAACAGUGUCGUCGGCGUAGAAUUGCGUGUUUACUUUGCACAGAAAAAAAAUUGUUAUAUUUGCUUUGUAAGGCCAAACUCAUAUGGGAAGAUAAGUAGCGUUUUGUAAUUCUGAAACCGAGUUGUUAAACAGAAAGAAGUGGCCUUCAGUUCCGCAUUUAAUUAUUGGGUCUGUAUGGAGUUUUCUAAUCAAGGCAAACAGUCAUCUAUCUGCUUUUGUGCUCUGUAAUGUUGGCCACAGUUAAUCCUCUGAGGUGGUAUUAUUUGAAAAGUUUAGAGGAGAUGCAUUUUGUGAAAGAAUGUUCUCUUUUGUCUGAUUUCUUUUGUCUGUUUUGAAUUUCUCUGGGUGACCUCUGGUAUUAAGAGAGAUGGUGAAAAGCAUCUCUCUAUCUGUUUUCUCUGCACCACACAUAAUUGUUUUAGACCUCUUUUGUAAAUAGAAGACGUUGGAAUAUUCUAGAAGAAACUUGUAAAUGGCCUUGAGCAAGUUGCUAGGCAACGGAAAACUUCCCCAGCAACAGGUGUCUUUAUCAGGGCAUGCGAUCAACUAAGUUGGGGUCAGUUUAAAUGAGUAUGUGAAUGAAUAAACAUUAGGUCUCUGGCCGGUUGGCUAAAAAGAGAAAAUGAUUAUGUUUCUUUGUUGUUUUUCUUUAUUAAUGACCAGGUGUAAAGUUUUGUUAAUAAUAAAGACUCUUUAUUCCUGUAAUGGGAAUUUCACUAAGAGAUAGCUGGAAUGCUGCUGCUGCUGCUGUAAGGAAGUAAAAGAUGCAGGAAAAAUUUCUGUAAAAAGAACUCUGUUGCAGAAAGAAAUGAAAACUCAAUUGGCUGGGAAAUGCCCCAACACGCUGUUUCAGUAUAACUUGUAAAUGAUUACAGGUAGCAGACGGUAGCAAUAUUUCAAAUAACUGAUCAAUCAAUACUUUUUUAUUGUUUUUAAAAAUCCUCAUAUAUCUGAAAUGCCCCAUAAUAGGGCAGGUUGGCUUUUAUUGAUCCAAAUGGAACAUCAUCCACAGAAGCCAGGUCUCUUGGGAACCGCUGAGUCCAGCCAUAGAGGCCUGGAGAUUGAAUGGUUCUGCUGGCUGCUGGCAGAUAGGUUAUUGCUAUGCUGCUGGUUAUUACUGGUCUGAUUCCCACCGCUUGCCAAAAGAAACAAGAGACAACCAUUUACUCUCUCUACUCUCCUUUUCCUCCCCCUUCCUCAUGCACUUAGGUGUCUCAGUCAGCGUUUCGACCUUCAGCCUGGUUGCAAUAUCCCUGGAGAGAUAUGGUGCUAUUUGCAAGCCAUUGCAGUCUCGGGUUUGGCAGACAAAAUCUCACGCUUUGAAGGUGAUCGCUGCAACCUGGGGCCUGUCCUUUGCCAUCAUGACGCCGUAUCCGAUUUACAGCACGCUGAAACCGAUUGAAAGAAUCGACAACAGCACAGCGAACAUGUGUCGCCUGCACUGGCCAUACCCAGUAGUAGAGCAAUCUUGGUAAGAACAGAUUUAAAUAUAUAUCCAUAGAUAGAUAGAUAGAUAGAUAGAUAGAUAGAUAGAUAGGAAUAUGGCAUUUCUUGGGAGAUGGUAUUAGAUGGCAUUAUUGUUGGUACAAUUUAAUAUGCCAAAUUAUGGACAGCCAGUCCUUCAGCCUGUCAGCGGGGCAAAAUAAGUGCAACGUUGAAGGGUUUGCUGCAUCCUAUUAUAAACAUGGUGACUGCAUCGGCCAGUUUGCCCGCUGCCUUGUGGGACAUCUUCAGGAGAAGAAAAGGCUCAAGAUUAAACCCUACACAAAUCCAGAGUGGAGUCCCCAAGAUAGCAUCUUGUACGCCUCCUUCCGGCAACUCCAACAGCCAAGUUGGUGCCAAGUGUAUUGCUCUGCUUUCUAUAUUUCACCAGUGAGGCCUAGUGGGGGGGGGGUCUUGCCAUCUGGGCAGCCCACGACCUCCCUAUGCACUGCCCAGGCUCGCUCUCCAGAGAGAAGAAGAGUUUGGAUUUGAUAUCCCGCUUUAUCACUACCCUAGGGAGUCUCAUAGCGGCUAACAAUCUCCUUUUCCUUUCCUCCCCCACAACAAACACUCUGUGAGGUGAGUGAGGCUGAGAGACUUCAGAGAAAUGUGACUAGCCCAAGGUCACCCAGCAGCUGCAUGUGGAGGAGCGGGGAAGCGAACCCGGUUCACCAGAUUACGAGUCCACCGCUCUUAACCACUACACCACACUGGAGAGGUCACUUCAGUGCUGCUACUGCAGCAGAAACAACGUGGGAGGCAGCAGUUAUGAGCUCCAGUGGUUUGCUUCCCCCCAGAGGCACACUCCAUUGUCUUGUGAGACAGGUGGAGGCCAACAACCAACUUCCACUAACCAUUGGCCAUGUUAAAUUAAUUCCACUAUCUGGGGCAUUUUAUUAUUUCAAAUAUUUUCAAACCUCCCUCCAAUGGAUUCCAGGCAGUUUACUAUAAACACCAUCCAGCCCAGGUCUCAAAAGUUGCACAUGUAGGAGAGAACCCAUACAGGGGUCAACUGAGCUCUUCUCCCUCCCUGCCUCUUCCCACUGGGCUGGCACAUGCACACUGCAACACACUAGCCAUUACAUCCCUCCCAACUGAUCUUCUCUUCCCCAGGACAGCUCUGUGAAGGAGCAGGCCCCCAGAAGCACGUAUAGGAGAUGUGCACAGACCUUCUGUGGCAGAUAAGUGGCUGUGCAAGGGCUGUGGGUGAGGAUGGAGGUAGAUGGUAAAUUGCAUGGCGGUCCCCUUCCACAUCACCUCUUAAAGGAGUUAAUUGGGGGUGUGGAUCUCAUGCCCAUAGUUGUUUUGCACCUAUUAACGGGGGCGCCGCCUCAAGUUCCCAUGGAGCGAUGCAAAAUUCAGAGCACGUUUCAAAGGCCAGGAGGGGGCAGGAGUUUCAUCACACAGCCUCUCCAAACCAUGUCCUGGUUAUGAGACACAGUGCUGAAAAACAAGCCUGUCAUGUGUAAUUGCUGCUACAGCCCUUCUCUGUUCACUUCGGGAUUUGCAGAAUUCAGACAAUCAGAGUGAUAAUAAAUUCCACAGAGGCAGCUGUGCUCAUUUGUUUCAGGAAAGACAGAGAAUAGUGACAACUCAAAGGCAAACCAAUUCAUUGUGGCUUGAGAACAUUCUCUCCCCCCCCCCCCAUGAAUUUUUGAUUAGAGUAUCUGUUUUACAUUUUUUAUUAGAUUUUCUGUUUUACAUUAAUUCAAACAACCUUAAAAUAUCAAUGACUUCCCUUCUUCUCUGUCCAUGGUUCAUUUUGCAAAACAUAAAUCCCUGCAUAUAAACUAAACCAUUCAGUAUUCCAUCAUUACAUCCAUCAAAACUUAUUCACACUGUUGAAUUUAUCUUCAUGCUGCCCACGUUUUCAUAUAAACACAAUUUUCCUCCAUAUAUUCAAUAAACAUUUUCCAAUCUUCUUUAAACACAUGUUCUUCUUGUUCUCUUACUCUAUAUGUUAAGUCUGCGAGUUGUGCAUAUUCUGUUGACUUGAGUUGCCGUUCAUCUUUGGUUGGGACCUCGUUCGUUUUCCAUUUUUGGGCUAACAAAACCCGGGCCGCAGGAGUAGCAUACAUAAAUAACCUUUUUUGACACCUGGGAAUUUCAUCUGAAUUAUCCCCAACAAAAAAGACUCUGGGUUUAAAAGUACUUUUAACCCCCCCCAAAUCAUUAUGGAUUAUUUUCCAAUACCCUGUUACAGGUCCACCACAUAUGAAAGAACGUCCCCUCAGUCUCACUGCAUCUCUAACACUUAUCUGAUUCAGUAUUAUAUAUCUUAGCAAGUCUACUUGGAGUCAGAUACAAUCUGUAAAUCAUUUUCAGGUAGUUCUCCUUCAAGGAAUAACAUUGUGGCUUGAGCAUUCAAGGAGUGGAGCACGUAUUUUUUCAACUCACUUAAAAGGUGGAAUAUAAGCAGAAAGGGGCUGUGGACUGUACUUCUACACCCUUUAUCCCUUACCCCAAACAUCCAUGAAGUUGCAGAGAUGUCUCAUGUAGCGAAGCCUACGUAUGUCAACCCCUAUGUACCUGGACUUCCAAGGAUCAUGGAACCUUGGAGUGGGAUCCAGGACUCAUUUGAGUAGGCAUGGCUUCCUUAAAUGUUGUCACACCUUGUCUGAAGCCAGGCACUGCAGCCGUUUCUACCCAAAUUGCCAAGCAUGAAUGGAGAUUAUGCCUACACCUAUUUUCGAACAUAAGGGACGCGGGUGGUGCUGUGGGUUAAACCACAGAGCCUAGGACUUGCUGAUUAGAUCAGAAGGUCAGCGGUUCGAAUCCCUGCUACGGGGUGAGCUCCCAUUGCUCGGUCCCUGCUCCUGCCAACCUAGCAGUUCGAAAGCACGUCAAAGUGCAAGUAGAUAAAUAGGUACCACUCCAGUGGGAAGGUAAACGGCGUUUCCGUGCACUGCUCUGGUUCACCAGAAGUGGCUUAGUCAUGCUGGCCACAUGACCCGGAAGCUGUACGCCGGCUCCCUCGGCCAAUAAAGUGAGAUGAGCGCCGCAACCCCAGAGUCAGUCACCACUGGACCUAAUGGUCAGGGGUCCCUUUACCUUUUUAUUUUCAAACACAAAGUAGUACUCAGGGCAUCUGACAUAUUACAUUUUCAGUGACACAUCCAAGAUGCAAACUGUCUACGGGGGAGAGGGAGCGAAUGUAGGACCAUUCUACUUUUUUUUACAAAACUAUCACUUGUCUCCGGCGUCACUGAGUUUGGGGAAGUUUUUAAUGUUUGAUGUUUUAUCGUAUUUUAAUAGUCUGUUGGGAGCCGCCCAGAGUGGCUGGGGAAACCCAGCCAGUUGGGCGGGGUAUAAGUAAAAAAUUAUUAUUAUAUUUGUUAUGUACUGAAGUUCUCACCCUGGGCCAGCAGGGGGAUACUGUAGAUAGUUUAGGUCCACAUAUGCAAAUAAGGGAUCGAAAGUGACAUUCAUUGAUUGGAUAGUUACAGAAAGUUGUUACAGUUACGUUGUACUGGAGCUCUAUAUAAGCAGGCUGGCUGAACCCUUCAGUUCAGUUCUGUUCUGGCCUGUGAAUAAACAAGAGCUGUUUGAAGAAUCACUGUGUCGUCUGAUAUGUUCACCCACAACUUAGCAAUAUUAUUAGGAAUUACUGAUCUGCAAAGUGAGCUGAGCAACUAAAAGGGGUGGAAACCCCCCGUAAACCUUGUUUCAGAACAAAUACUGUGGGAUAUCUUUUGUGAACUCUGACAAGUCAUACUACUAACAUUACAUCCUUUUCAACUGUGAGCUACAAUAAUUACACUCGGCUUUAAAACAAGAGGAGGCAGUGCACCCAGGAUCAGCUUUAGCCCGUUCCAGAGAUGAGAAAGAAGAUGCUAAGAAUAUUUUAACUUUUUCUCUGCUGGUCUAAGCCUCUCUUCCUGUUUCUGCAGGUACAUCUUCCAGCUCCUCAUCCUUUUCCUUAUCCCAGGGAUCAUAAUGAUCAUUGCGUAUGGCUUAAUCUCCUUGGAGCUCUACCAAGGGAUCAAAUUUGAUGUCAGUCAGAGGAAGUAUUCACGAGGUAAUCUUCAUGACCAGUCCCAUUCUCCUUCUUUCACUCAGAUGUGAAAAUGUGAUGAGCAGACAUUUUUUUCCUGGUAAAAAUAAUCUGCAACAGAGCAGUCUUGCAAAUGUCUCCAGGAUUUUUUUUAAAGCAUUAAUUAUUCCGUCUGUGUGUGUGUGGAUGUGUGCAUUUGUGUAUGUGUGCAAUUGCGUUCUCUCCCCUCUGGUAUUUUCAUUCACUUUUAACAAGAAUAGAUACAACGGUACAGUGGUACCUCGGGUUAAGAACUUAAUUCGUUCUGGAGGUCCGUUCUUAACCUGAAACUGUUCUUAACCUGAAGCACCACUUUAGCUAAUGGGGCCUCCCGCUGCUACCGCGCCACCGGAGCACGAUUUCUGUUCUUAUCCUGAAGCAAAGUUCUUAACCCAAGGUACUAUUUCUGGGUUAGUGGAAUCUGUAACCUGAAGCGUAUGUAACCCGAGGUACCACUGUAUUCCAAGACAAGCAAUAUAGAACUAACCAUAAAAAAGUUACAUAGAAAACUGCCUUGUACCAAGUUACCCCUUGCUCCAUCUAGCCUAGUAUUGUUUGUCUAAUAAUUUUUAUUAGUUUUCAAUUACAAUAACCCAAUAAAAGCCUCAUUGUCACAAUUCCAAAUUAUAAUACAAUUAAUAACACUAAUUGUUCAGAUGCCAAAUUAUAUUAUUUUGUCCCCCCCCUUGCGUGCUAGAAUUGAUGAUUUGAUAAUUUAGUUUAACUCUGCAUUUUGAAAGCCUGAUAUUGUUGACAUUGAUUGACAGCAGCUUUCCAUACUUCAGGCAGGGAUCUCUCGGCAAGAACCCUUUCCUGCCUCUUUACAAUAAAUCUACAAUCUAUUUACAAAUAGUAUUCCCAUCUGGAAAACCAGAAGCAACAAUUAUAAGUAAUUGUUGUAAGGUAUUAUGUUUCAAAACAUCCUAAUAACAGAGACCAGAGUUAUCCUAGUUUACCUCAGGAAUAAUGAGGAUGCCCCUGGGGGGGGGGGGCACUUACAGUAAAGGAGGUGCCUAAACUCUCCCAUGCCCUCCUGUCCUCUUCAGCGUAUUUCCCCCUCAGCCAAGUCUCCUUCCAGUUUUAGGAUCCCUCUAGUUCAGGCAUAGGCAAACUCGGUCCUCCAGAUGUUUUGGGACUACAACUCCCAUCAUCCCUAGCUAACAGGACCAGUGGUCAGGGAUGAUGGGAGUUGUAGUCCCAAAAUAUCUGGAGGGCCAAGUUUGCCUAUGCCUGUGAUAGCUGGAUUGGGCGGUGGGAGAAGUCACUUAGAAACGUCUGCAGAGCUCAUAGAGGGGGGGAAAUCAGCAGGUGGGGAAGGGUUAAGAAAUUCUGCCUGUCUACAGAUUUCCCCACCUUUAGAAUCAAUAGCACCCAGGCGUUAAUGUAAUAAAUAAGAGAAAUACACACACAUGGGCGUAGCCGGGGGGGCCAGAAGGGGACAGUUGCCCCCCCAGUCAAUAAAAAUCAAUAAAAAUAAGCAAAAAUAUGUAACUAGCUGAGGUUCUGCCCUGCACUGAUAUAAAGCCUGCCCCCUAACAUCAAUCCUGGCUACAACCAUGGAAAUACAGGGCUGACACCUGUAUUUAUUAUUACAAUGGUACCUCGGGUUACAUACGCUUCAGGUUACAUACACUUCAGGUUACACACUUCGCUAUCCCAGACAUAGUGCUUCAGGUUAAGAACUUUGCUUCAGGAUAAGAACAGAAAUCGUGCUCCGGCGGCGCAGCAGCAGCAGGAGGCCCCAUUAGCUAAAGUGGUGCUUCAAGUUAAGAACAGUUUCAGGUUAAAAGCAGACCUCCGGAACGAAUUAAGUUCUUAACCCGAGGUACCACUGUAUUAUGUUGUUGUUGUUCUUCAUAGCAUCUGGUCCCACCCAAAGAGAUUGAGAUCACUCAGUUGACUCUGUGUAUCUCCAAGAGAUUGACAUUUCCAGUUUCGAAAACUAAAAUGAUUAUUUGCCACUGCUUCUACUAAAAAAUAAAAAUAAAAAGUGCCGUGUUGGGACUCAGUUCCACUCUAAUCAGACAUUAACAAUCAAUAGCAAGGAUUAAAUAGAAAGAGCACCCCCUGGCUACAAUCACAAAUCUGACGGGUUUUUUGGUUGGGGGUUACAGAGCUAUUCGAUAACUUGUGAUAUCAAAGCUUCACAAGAACCACAUCUCUCCAGCUUCAGAUGAAAUUGUCUCCUGACUAACUAAUCUCACCAGAAUCCCAGAGGCUCUGGAAAAAAAGAUUUUCAAUUGAGCAGAGGGGAAAGUGCCUUGUUUUUAACGUAGCCUAUUACAAAACAGGCCUUUUGAAGAAAGAAAUAUUUACUAGUAAGCUAAAUGAGUCUGGGUAGCUCAAAAUUGCACUGACAUCGGGUCCAACGGUGCCAGCUGGUCAAUGGGCCUAGCAGUGUUCUAUAAUCAUUGAGCGUGUUUUUUCCGAGGCUAGAUGGUGUUAUUAUGCAAUUAAUCCUGAUGGAAAUGGAGGCCUCUGUUAGCAGAACAUUUUGUACAAAAGAAGUCACUUUCAGCGAAUGAUCAACUGCUAUUAUGCCAUUAAUUGCACCAAAAUAGCACGAGACUACCAGGCAAUACCCUGAGAUCAAAAUAAAUAUGUGUCCGGGCACCCAUAAUUCCUGAAAUUAGCAAAAGUUAGAAUUAAUAAAGGUUAUAGGCUAAAAUUGGGCCAAACAUUGCUGGAUUGAGUUUAGGAUAACAAGCUUUGCCAGCUUGACAUGGCUUGCUAGGGAGAAAGCAUUAGCGGACAAAGGCUUGAAACGGCCAGUCGUUAGCCCAACAGUGGGAGCCAUGGCAAGACAGAAGACUCCGCAGAACAGAGAGGGUGAAGUUGCCAGGGUUACAGUGGGCAAUGUUAGCAGGAAAGGGGAGUUGUGUUUGGCAAGGAUUUAGGGGGAGAAGGAGAAGGAGAAGGAGAAGAGGCUGUACCCAGAGACCAGGGAGCUGUUGCUCCAGACCCAAGCUUGCUGAAGAGAAACGACAAGAGACAGUCUUGAGGUGUUACGCAUGCCCUCCACAGAAAGAUUUAGGUUGUAAAUAUGUGCAAAUAAAUCAUAUUUCAUGGAGACACCAUUAGCCUCCGUUGUGCCUUAAUUUUCUGAAGGAAACACAAGACCCCCGGAAACUCAUGCACCGCUCGGGCAGAGAUUGAGGCGACCUGUAACAAUAUUGUAUGUACUUUGAAGACUUUUCAGCUCACUUUGUCUGACUGAUUGAUUGAUUGAUUGAUGGAUGGAUUGAUUAUUUGUUUUGAAUAUUUCUACCCUAGCAACUAACUAAUUAAACAUUAAGCUAUUGAGGCAGGGAUGCGGGUGGUGUUGUGGGUUAAACCACAGAGCCUAGGACUUGCCGAUCAGAAGGUUGGUGGCUCAAAUCCCUGCGACGGGGUGAGCUCCCGUUGCUCGGUCCCUGCUCCUGCCCACCUAGCAGUUCGAAAGCACGUCAAAGUGCAAGUAGAUAAAUAGGUACCGCUCUGGCGGGGAGGUAAAUGGCAUUUUCGUGUGCUGCUCUGGUUCACCAGAAGCGGCUUAGUCAUGCUGGCCAUAUGACCCGGAAGCUGUACGCCGACUCCCUCGGCCAAUAAAGUGAGAUGAGCGCCGCAACUCUAGAGUUGGUCAUGACUGGACCUAAUGGUCAGGGGACCCUUUACCUAAUAAUAAUAAUAAUAAUAAUAAUAAUUUUAUACCCCGCCCAUCUGGCUGGGUUUCCCAGCCACUCUGGGUGGCUUACAGUGCAUUGAAAAUUGUAAAACAUUGGACAUUAAAAAUUUUCUGAUACGAGGUUGACUUUAGAAGACAAGUGUCUUCUAAAAGUUGGAUAGAUGUUUAUUUCCUUGACAUCUGAUAGGAGAAGAAGAAGAAGAGUUUGGAUUUGAUAUCCCGCUUUAUCACUACCCUAGGGAGUCUCAAAGCGGCUAACAUUCUCCUUUCCCUUCCUCCCCCACAACAAACACUCUGUGAGGUGAGUGGGGCUGAGAGACUUCAGAGAAGUGUGACUAGCCCAAGGUCACGGGCAUUCCACAGGGCGUGCACCACUACCAAGAAGGCCCUCUGCCUGGUUCCCUGUAACCUCACUUCAUGCAGUGAGGGAACUGCCAGAAGGCCCUCAGAGCUGGACCUCAGUGUCCAGGCUGAACAAUGGGGGUGGAGGUGCUCCUUCAGGUUGUUUAAAAUAUGAUCAAUAGUAAUAAUUACCAGGAAGGAGAAAAGGUAUACAGUGGUACCUCGGGUUACAUACGCUUCAGGUUACAGACUCCGCUAACCCAGAAAUAAUGCUUCAGGUUAAGAACUUUGCUUCAGGAUGAGAACAGAAAUCGUGCUCUGGCGGUGCGGCAGCAGCAGGAGGCCCCAUUAGCUAAAGUUGUGCUUCAGGUUAAGAACAGUUUCAGGUUAAGUACGGACCUCCGGAACGAAUUAAGUACUUAACUCGAGGUACCACUGUACAGGUGGCGACCAUUAUAUGUGGGGGCUCUGUUCCUGGCCCCAACAAAGUGUGCAUAAGCCUGUUACACCCUGCCGUCAUUCUGCCCCCUCUUCCACCCCCCAUUUUGCCCUCUUCUGGGUCCAAAAGGACCCACGUUUCAAUGGUCACAUGUCAAUUGGACGUGUGCAAAAUGGUUGCCACCUGUAUAUUAAGUUCCCGUGCACCACACACACCCUGUCCUCAGAUGUUCCAACUGCCACACUGUUUCUGAAUCACCCUGAGUCCCUGUCAGGGGAAAAAGUGGGGUAUAAAUAAAUAUAGCACCAUCCAUAUAGCACUGGUCCAUAUCAAGUCACAGAGGAAAUUACCUCAGUCCAGAUAUGGCUCAGACAGUACACCAGAAGGCGGGGGCCUGUCAUAUGAAGGUGGGCAAUUUUCACUCUUACACAACCCUUUCUGGAGGCAAAGACUGAAGCAUGCCUCUAAUUUCAGUGGCCCAAAGUGUGUGCCUUGGCUUUCAGAAGUUGAAAAACAUCCCCCCUACACUCACACACACCUGAUCUCACACACUGGCCUUCAAAAGAUAUUUAAUUGCACAUUUUUUAUGUGUAUCUUUUGCCAGCCGUGCGGCGGGUUUUGUGCCCUCGCAUGUUGUGUGCUCUUGAUAACGUGAUCGCAUUUGCUCGUCCCGUACAGAAAGGAAAACCAGCACCAGCAGCAAAUUUGAAGAUAGCGAUGGGUGCUAUCUGCAGAAAAGCAAGAAGAAGAAAAAGAUGCCCCUUCAACAGUUUCCGUCCAAUAGGAGCAUCUCCAAAAUUGACCGGCCUCGAAGCAAUUGCUCCACCGCUAACUUGAUGGCCAAGAAGCUGGUCAUCCGAAUGCUGAUAGUGAUAGUGAUCUUGUUUUUCGUUUGCUGGACGCCGGUGUUCAGCGUCAACACUUGGCGUGCGUUCGACAAGACGUCGGCGCAACUGCUUCUCACGGGAGCCCCCAUCUCCUUCAUACACUUGCUCUCUUACACCUCCGCUUGUGUGAAUCCCAUUAUCUACUGCUUCAUGAACAAACGCUUCCGCAUGGGUUUUCUGGCGACGUUUACCUGCUGCGCCAAGCAAAAGCUUCCAGUGGCCAGAGCAGAGAUGGCAGAGGAGGAGGAAGGCAGAACCACAGGAGCAACGCUUUCCAGGUAUUCUUACACCCACAUGAAUGCAUCUGCUCCUCCCUGAACAUGCCCAAGGCGGGGAAUCGGUUAUUUUAUCUCCUUCUGUGGUCUUGACUUGUGUUUAAACCAUCUGCCAUGCCUUUGUACGAACAUGCUUCAGUAAAGUGUAGGAGAAAAAUAAUUUGCGAAAGGUCUCCCAUCAGUCGGCAACACUUUUCGGCUUUGGGUCUCAAAAAUAGAUAGAAGUUACCUCAGGUAGAAAAGGUCAGUGACGAUAGGCCAUGGGGCACAUUGGAGAGGCUGAGAAACUGUCAUGAGCACCGCCAUAAAACAACUCUCAGGCCAAAAAGAAUGGCUGUCAGUGGGGACCUGCCUUGUCAGAAAUGAUUGAUAAAAUUACCAAGAAACAGAAGACAAGACAGAAGAUGGGUUUGAGGCCAAACACUAAACCACCUAUUUGCCCCCACCAAGAACAAGAAGAGAUUUCAUUUCAGAGAUGGAAAAUGGGUGCUGUGCGGCGAAACGUCCACCCACAAAAGGAAAAAAAUAAAGGGUGGCAAAUGUCACCCAUCCCCAAAAGCAACAGACUUUGCCAAUAGGCUUUGACAUCACAUUUUUAGUCCAGGCACUUCCACAAAGAAUCACCGUUAUUUUAUAUGUGACAAUUUCACACAAUAGCUAGAGGUACGCAUCAGAUCUGGAAGAAUCCCAAACCAACUAAAUGAAGCCUUGAUCUGAUCUAGCAGAGUGCUUAUUAUGUUCCUAAUUAGUGGGAAUAACCAUAAAACAAAGCAAUCAGCAAUCACUUGAUCUGUCAAUGUUUUGAACUGCAGCUAUUAGACGGUUGCCCUGACCUCAAGAUUUGGUUCAGACGCCAAUCCAUUACUUCAGAAAACAACUUGAUUUGGACUGAAUCCCAAUUUAGAAAAAUAAAGCUAUGGUCAUUCCCUGUUUAGAUUAUAGGGAAAUGGGGGGGGAGGGUUGCUAGCCAUUUUUUCUUUUGAUAGAAAUGGAUAGAAUAGAAUAGAAUAGAAUAGAAUAGAAUAGAAUAGAAUAGAAUUUAUUAUUUGUACUCCACCCAUCUGGCUGGGUUUCCCCAGCCACUCUGGGCAGCUUCCAACAAAGCAUUAAAAUACAGUAGUCUGCCUUCAGAUGUCUUCUAAAAAUCUGGUAGUUGUUCUUCUUUUUGACAUCUGGUGGGAGGGCAUUCCACAGGGCAGGUGCCACUACUGAGAAGGCCCACUGCCUGGUUCCCUGUAACUUGGCUUCUCGCAGUGAGGGAACCGCCAGAAGGCCGUUGGCGCUAGACCUCAGUGUCCGGGCAGAACAAUGGGGGUAGAGAUGCUCCUUCAGAUAUACUGGAUUAAAUCUGCAGGCAAAGUAGCAACUCCUGGGUGAAUCAACCCUGCCAAAUUACUAGGUCCAGGUUUUUUUGUACUAGGCCCCUUCAAUCUGAAUUGGGGAGAGGACCAAAGCAGAGUUAAGGUUUUGUGGGGAAUUGUUUCAAUAUGAAAAUGGCAUACACUGUAAAGGUACUCUGACCUGCAUCAUUCCAGAGUGUUGUAGCUAGGCUAAUCCAACAAUGAGCACUUUGAUCCAGCCAAGUCUCUACUUGCCUCACACCUGAUGUCAGGUGUGGCAUCAGAUGUGAGGCAGGUGCAUGGAUUGGGGUGAGUAAUGGCCUGGUGGGCCAAAUAGAUGGGCCAGAAGUUCCCUACCCCAGGAGAGAGAGAGUUAUGAUGAAUGGGGGGCGGGCGGCUGGAGAUUUCUGCCCAAUUAGCACCAAAGGUCGCAAAUCACAUAAGCUAAGUGCAAAGCUCAUUGGCACAGAGGGAGAAGGACUUAAAUGUCCAGCAUUUUUUCCAAGCAAUUACCACUAGCAGAUCUAGCAAGGAGCAGAGGACAGCUAAGAACAAGGCAUUAUGUUCCUGCAACAUUGCUUUCCCAAAAUAUUGUGAUUGGAGAACCCUGGUAAAAAAAAACCCUGAUUUUUAAGAUCUUCCAAGGAUACCCUGUUGGUCCUUCCACAACCAGAGGAUUGUCACCAGAGGUGGGUGGAGGCCUUUUUGGCGAUAGCAGCCAUGCCAUUCCUCAGGUGAUUUGUGAGGCAGAGAGAGAAAUAAUCUUCAAACACCUCUUUAAAUCAUGUAUAUGCUUACCUUUCCUGGACUCCAAAUCUUCAUGUUUUUUGCUUUGUGCAUUGCUCAGUUUUACUUGUGAUGAUACAGUUGUGUUUUGUUUUUAUCUAAUUUUAAUCUAGUUUUUAGGGCAAAAUGAUUGAACGUUGUGUUUUCACUGUUCUUAUGUAGACUGCUUAGAGAUUUUUGUUAUAUUAAAUGGUAUACUAAUGUUAUGAAUAAAUAAAGUAAAAUAUAAAAAUGGUACUAAGAACUAACUCACUGUUUAGAUAGGUCAUUUCCUGAGAGCCAGUGUGGUGUAGUGGUUAAGAGCGGUAGUCUCCUAAUCUGGGGAACCGGGUUCGCGUCUCCGCUCCUCCACAUGCAGCUGCUGGGUGACCUUGGGCCAGUCACACUUCUUUGAAGUCUCUCAGCCCCACUCACCUCACAGAGUGUUUGUUGUGGGGAGGAAGGGAAAGGAGAAUGUUAGCCGCUUUGAGACUCCUUAAAGGGAGUGAAAGGCGGGAUAUCAAAUCCAAACUCUUCUUCUUAAAAAAAAAAAAAAAAAAAAAAAAAAAAGAUAGGUCAUUUCCUGGUCACACUGAUAAUCUUUUUUUCUUUUUUCUUUAAAUAUCCCUGGGAUGCAACUGUGGGCUGCCCAUAAUAAUCAGUAGAGAAAUCCAAGGUAUGGUAGCUGGAAUUAGCCAUCAGUGAUACUCCAAUCCUUGUUUGAUUCAAAAAAUAGCAGCAAAGAGGACAGCUCCAUGCUGUUUCCUACUUUGUUCUUAAAUAAACAUCCUGCUAAUUAAAGUUCCAAAGCAAAAUUAAGUUCAUUGCUCCUGAAAGGAGCUGUGGCUGGAACAGCAGAAGCCUUCUUCUUCAGCAAUAACUCAUAGCCGAGUAAGAUUGUCUACCAUGAACACGAUCUUAUCAGUGAGUCCAUAAGUGAUUGUGGAGGCCAAUUCUGGAUCUGCAUGUCCUUCCACAGUGGGGACAUGGGCUUCUGGGCGGGAGUUGAUCACGGUGAGGGUUUGCCAAGCGUGCUUUCCUCUUAGAGCGUUUCUCCCUUUUGUCCUGAGUUCGAGUGUCUUCAAAGGCCAUGACACCUUUGGUAAAGGCUGUUCUCAGAUUGGAGCCCUUGCAGGCCAGUGUUUUCCAGUUGUCGGUGUUCAUACUACAUUUUUUUAGAUUUGCUUUGAGUGAGUCUUUGAACCUCUUUUGUUGACCACCAGCAUUACACUUUCCAUUUUUAAGUUCGGAAUAGAGUAGUUGCUUUGGAAGUCGAUCAUCAGGCAUCCGCACCACAUGACCAGUCCAACAAAGUUGAUGUUGAAGAAUCAUUGCUUCAACACAGGUGAUCUUUGCUUUGUUCAGUACACUGGCAUUAAUUCUUUCCAAGUUUCUUUCCAAGUGAUGUGUAAAAAUUUUCAGAGAUACUGUUGAUGGAAUCUUUCUAGGAGUUGGAGAUGGUGUUUAUAGGUGGUCCAUGUUUCACAAGCAUACAGUAAGGUUGGUAGUACAAUAGCUUUGUAAAGAAGCAUUUUUGGUUUCUCUGUGAAUGUCCCGGUCCUCAAACACUCUGCACUUCAACUGGGAGAAAGCCGCAUUCACAGAGCUCAGGAGAUGCUGGAUUUUGGCAUCAAUGUUGGCCCUUGUGGGAAGAUAACUGUCCAUGUAGGAGUGUAGUUCAUUCUGUAUACUGCCAAUUAGGCUCCGAGUGAUUUCGUCUUGCAGGUAAGGCGUUGGGCUGAAAUGGACAGAGUAGCUUACACUCAGGGCUUUUUUCAGUCAGAACUCACCGGAACUCAGGUAUCUUUGAUGCUGACAUUCAUUUCUUCAACCCCCGCAAGCCAUAGGAUCAGGUAACACACACCCCAAGUAUACAUACCAAUGCUUUGUGGUCUGAGGAAUCAGAACUGUGCAAGCAAAUGUAUGCAAGUGUAGAGGUGAUGUAGAUAAUAGAAUCGCAGAGUUGGAAGGGACCCAAGGGGCAUCUAGUCCAACCCCUUGCAAUGCAGAAAUCUUUCACCCAAUGUAGUGCUCGAACUCACAACCCUGGGAUUCAGUCUCUCAUGCUCUGCAUACUGAGCUGUCCAGCUUUUGAUUUAUGCUCAACAAGGAAUUUAACAAGGAAUUUAACAGCCAGUGUGGUGUAGUGGUUAAGAGCAGUGGACUCGUAAUCUGGUGAACCGGGUUCGCGUCCCCGCUCCUCCACAUGCAGCUGUUGGGUGACCUUGGGCCUCUCACACUUCUCUGAAGUCUCUCAGCCCCACUCACCUCACAGAGUGUUUGUUGUGGGGGAGGAAGGGAAAAGGAGAUUGUUAGCCGCUUUGAGACUCCUUAAAGGGAGUGAAAGGCGGGGUAUCAAGUCCAAACUCUUCUUCCUCUUCUUCUUUAUUAUGCCCUCCCCCGACCCAACCAAGGUUAAAUGGAUUUUAUUUAAAAUUAUUUUUGGAUUGGACUAGGAGUAUGAUGGAGCAAUGCAGAGCAAGAAGAAUGAACGGCUGCCGAAUAAAAAGUAAACAGCAGAAGGAAUGGAAUGUGACCUUGUCCCAUCCAGAUAAACACUGCAAAGAACUGAACAAUGGAAGACAGUAAUUAAUUCUCCCAACACACCAGGUCUGAAACAACAAUGCUUAUAAUAAAUAAUAAUAAUAAAAUUUUAUUUAUAUCCUGCCCUCCCCA